GUUUGGGACUGUGGCUAACGAACGUGAUUGAACAAGCGGAGUUCUUGCCAACUAUGUAAACAAUGAUCAAUGAAGGAAAAAAUAUAUUUUUUGACGAGGACAUUUGUGGACAAUGAUAUUUUGCGUUUCGUUAUGAAACAGAAUGGUCAUAGGAUACGUUUCCGAAAAGCAGACUCAAACCGACAAGUGUGAAGUGAAGCAGCGUAAAAAUUGCAGCUUCUGGUUUGAUCACCCAAAUACUGCAGUCUACCCUCAGUACUUGUCAGCUACCCCUUUCUUACACUCAGUAUAUUGAUAUCUCUCUGUGAUUUGGACCUGGUGACAACUUCAGAUUACAGAAAUGUUUGGAGAUGAAUCUGAUGUUUUUUCUGAGAGUCUAGUGGAGAGAGAAGGUCCGCACCAUAGCACACCUAUCAAGGAUGGUCCCUUCAAACGCCCUCUUCGUCCAGUCCGUAUAACAGCGAGAGUGGAGCCCUCUUCUCCAGUACGUCAGGUUGUCAGUGAUGGUCACCAGUCUGAGAGGAACGGGGAUGUUGACAGAUCCAAUACCUCCAUGAACUCAGAAAAACAGCAGUCACCAGUGAGCCUACAUUCUCCAAGACAUAAUCCCACAUCUCCUAUAGACAGCACAACGCUACAGAAACAGCGACGGGAGAUUCAGCUGUUGAUUCAGGAGCUGAGGGAGCGAGACCAUGAGCUGAAUGAGACAGUGACAGCUCACAGCAGUCAGCUCCUGGCCUGGGAGCGGGACAGACAGAGGCUGUUGAUGCUGGAACAGAAGUGCUCUCGAUAUGAAGGUGAGCUACAACAAAAGAAGAAGCAGGUGGAUAUGAUGAAGGGGAAGCUGAAGGCAGCUCGAAGUUACCAGGAGACCCACAAUGCCAGCCUCAUCACCACCAAGGAAGAGCUGGAACAGCUGAGUCGGCAGAAACAACACAGUGUCGUUCAUAUGGAUACACUGGAGAAACAGAAUGAGAGUUUGGGUAACUCUUUGAAGGCCAUGUCCGGAACAAUCGGUCAGUUGGAGGCUCGGGAGCAGGAACUGAUGACACUGCUCCGUCUCAAGGAGAAGGACGUGUGCCAGGCCACCAGCAGCAUGGCGGAGCUGAAUGCCCGUAUUCAGCAUCUGGACAUCCGAUGUAAUGAGUGCCAGACUCGGGAAGCCGACGCCCUGCACCGUGCCACGCAGUGGAAGCAGAAAUACACUCAGGCCAGAGAGGAGAAUGAAGAAUAUGCAAGUUCUUUACAAAGCAAGGACAAUGAGCUGAGUCUAGUCAGGAGUGAGCUGCAGCAGCUGCAGCAGAGAUUGGUGGCGGCGGAGGAGGAGCUUAUGAUGACAGGUGAGCGUGAUAAGAGCAAGGAUGACCUGAUUGAGUCACUGAGGUCAAAGCAGGAGCGGACGCUGGCCGAACUCCGGAGUGUUCGUGAGUUGUAUGAGCGACAGCAAAGGGAGAUAACUCUGAUGCAGCUCAACCUGGACAGCUCCCGGGAGAACAGCAACCAGAACAGCAACAUGGAACAAAGCAUUGGUCUGGAGGAUUCCAUCAGUUGCCAUGGUAAUGAUGAACCAGUUCAACAUGUGUCUCCACGGCAACAUGAUGUUGACAGUGACAAUCUCCGUGUUUCAUUUGAGGACCGUCUGUCAUCAUUUCUAGAUCAAGACACAGAUAGUGAGGCUCUGACCCAUGCUGAUGUUGCCUCACCUGCCAGUAAACUACAGCGGCUGUUGACAGAGUCAAGGAUGAUGAUAGAGAGCCUGGAGAAGUCCACUGUACCAGCCUCCAGUAACACCCAGGGGAACUCUGUGUCCAGCCAUACUUCACCAAUGACCUCUCGGAAUUCCUCAGUGCAAGAAAGAUCAGCAAGUGAGCAGACACUCGGGGGGACCAUAGUUCCACAGACCCAGGAAGUCCAAGAGAGCCUCCAGUCUUAUCCUGUGUUGCAAGAGCAGACCAACUUUGGGAUCAUAUCCCCAUUAGAAUUCAGGCCAAGGCCACAUGCAUCACACUACCAUGAAUCAAAAUGUGAUGUGAAAACAACUCAGCAAGACCCCUCUCUAAGUUCUGAAUCACUGGAGCCUCACACACAGGGGUCAAGGGAACUUGAAUUUUCAAGACCUUAUCAGCAUAACAAAGAUCAGUCGAGGUCACAAGAUGUUGAGUCUCUUGGGUCAAGGUCACAUGACCCUUAUUUUCAAGUGUCAAGGUCACUUGAUUUCCAGUCCCGAAGAAUUAAGGUCACAUGACCCUUAUUCACAGGUGUCAAGGUCAUAUGACUUCCAGUCCCAAGGUGAAACAUCACAGGAAGGUGAAGGUCAUGAUGCAAGGUCACAAUAUUUUCAGUCCCAGCAUUCCCUGUUUGGGUCAGAGUUACCUUCAGUGGCUCAGAAUGAGUUCAGUGACACAGAAUCGUCCAACAUUCUCAGAAGACAGAUUGACAGCUGACAAUAGGCUCCAAACAGUUGAUGUCAAAUCUCAGUCCCUGCUCACC